AUGGACAAGAAUAUUGAGUUGAAGGACAUUUUGGAUAGGGAAAAAAAAAUUGUCUACCAAAAUGAAGUGGAUCAGUUAUUAUGGUGUGCAUCUAAAAUCGGAAAAUAUAAGGUUAACUUGGGAUACGAGAUUCUUAGAAGCAGAGCACAGAAUGUGGAGUGGCCCUCAGCACUGUGUUGGCACAAAAUGGUACUUCCCAAGGCACGGGCAUUCCUGUGGACUGCAUUGCAUGGUCGUAUUCUAAUAGGGGAUAGGUUGAAAACAAUUGGAAUUGCAGGACCGAGUUUUGAAUCGGUGAGAAGUCAAACACUAAAACGUUUCUUAUUGGCAUGGCCUUCCAGCACUAAGAAAUCAAAAUGGAGCAUUUUGUGGGUGGUGAGUCUGGCUUUGCUUGUUUGGCAUAUAUGGAAGGAGAGAAAUCAAAGAGUCUUCAAUGGGGAAGCUCUGUCUUAUGAUAUUCUAAUCCCAAAAAUUGAAGGAGCCAUCAAAGAAGUCAUCAAUGUGAAAGUAGUUGGAAGGAAGUAUUGCACUUAUUCCUCUUGGGACAAACAAAUGGAAAGGUUGUGGAAUUUGACGAAGAAUAGUGGUUAUAAGCUAAUGGAAAAGAAGCAGAAUAGAGAUAGCAUAGUUUGGUUUCCACCAUUAGCUGGAAACUUAAAGGUUAACUUCGACGGAGCUAGCCAAGGAAAUCCUGGAAAAUCAGGCUAUGGUGCCAUUAUAAGGGACGAACUAGGCAAUUUUGUUGGGGCAAAUUUUGGCCCGUUAGGAAUCAAUACAAACAAUUUGGCAGAACUUGCAAGGCUGUUAGCUGGGUUGGAAUGGUGUGUGGACCAAGGAUUUCAUGACAUAGAAGUAGAGGGAGACUCACAAAUUAUUCUGAAUGGGAUGACCAAACAGAAAUUUGAAAAUUGGAAAUUAGAGGCUUGUCGUCCCAAAGUCCAAAGAUUAUGCGACAGCCUAAACAGGUUCACAUUUAAGAACAUAUACUAA